GGAGCCGUGACGAUCGCAUAGUACCAUAUUUUCAGAGUGUGGUACAUUUCAAUUCAAAUUCAAGUUUGGGGUUUGAGGUCAGGAGUAAUCGCGAUGACUUCGAAAGCUGAGUUUCGGACUGUAAUGGUUGAAGGAAAUAUAGGCUGCGGAAAGUCGACAUUUUUACGUUUCUUCCAGCAGCUGUCACCUAAAACUGAAGUGCUACAUGAACCUUUAUACUUAUGGAAAGAUGCUCGCGGCUACGACUUAUUUGUAAUACCCGAAAUUUUCACAGUUUCAUAUGUUUAGGAACUUAUGUAUCAAGAUGCAUCUCGUUGGUGUGUUCCUUUUCAGGCUCAAGUUUUAGUGACACUGCUAGAUCGUCAGUCAAAACUGCCGACGAAACCAGUACGUCUCCUUGAAAGGUCCAUCUAUAGUAGUAGAUAUUGUUUCACAGAAAAUAUGCAUAAUAAUGGCAGUAUUUCAGAUGCUGACUAUGAAGAACUUGUUCGUAUAUUUCAAUGGGUAAUUAAAAAUAAAAGUAUACCAAUUGAUUUAAUCGUUUAUCUUCGUGCCAGUCCAACUGUAUGCAUGGAGCGUAUACGAGCCCGUAAACGUUCUGGUGAAGGCGACAUUCCUCUAGAAUACUUGGAAGAAUUGCAUAAACUUCAUGAAUCCUGGUUAAUAGAACGACGUUUUGGGCCACUUCCUGCUCCGUUAUUAGUUUUCGAUUGUAAUGCAGCAUUACCUGAACUUUUGUCAGAGUAUCGAUCACACAAAGAAGAAGUGAUGUGUGGUAUCCAGUUAUAAAUUGUUGAAUUUCAUAUUUUUCGAGAAAGACGGACUUCUUACACAACCUUUGUUUUUGUUUGUAAACUUUUUGUACAUUUUCAAUGUUUAACUUUAUACCUGAGAUUUCCCGGUGUUACCAUUUACUUUUCUGAAAAUAUUUUGAUAAUUUUUCUGUCAUUUUAUGUAUAAAUG